GCAACAAUGUCAUACUCGUUUGGACCAGACAGCAUCAGAUAGAUGGCCUACACGUCCAGAGACAGAGGGGCGUUGUUUCGCUCGCUUGGGUGUUUUCUCAUGUGAGAUACAGUCUGCCUCUUGCGAAUUGAAGGGAAAUGAUGACACAGAGAGACGAAAGAUUCAUUAUUUCGUUUUUUUUAUUAGUAGUUUUUUGGGGGAAACCAUGAAUACACCCCACUGGUGCAUGUCAGUCUGUCUGUUAGAAUUCAUACUACAAGAUUGACGGGGCACAGCGGAUCUUUUGGUCGGCAGAGUUAUGAAAUGAAACCAACUCCAGGCGCUACAAACAGCAUUUCACGCAGCCAAGGAUGAAACGGUUGUGUCCGUGUUGUAGCCUUGGAACUUCCACCGAAUGGAACUUUUCAACGGUCUUCGUGCAACACGGUGCAUUCAACCCGCAAUAUGACUUAAACGGUGUACAGGUAGACAUUACUCUGGGUUAACAUUUUAACCAAUAAUACGCGGUGAUUUAUAUUGAUCGACCUAAACUGGCGUGAUGGGUGUUAGUGGACUCUGACAUUAUGGAAGCGCAACACUUGGAGACUUUUGGAAGCGACAGCGGGAGCCAGUCCUCUUCAGGCUCCGAAACCUUGUCAGAGGGAGAAGGUAUAGAUAUCUGUUUAGAAGAAGUGCACCAAUAUUACGAGUAUUUCAACAACCAACACACUUCAGACUUCGUCACUCUAAACGCAGAAGGGAAGGAAGAAAAGAGUGUGGCAGACGAGGCGGUGGAACCGGGGAAUAAAGAACGGGAAGGAGGCGACGAUAAAAUGUUGGAUAACAUCCUGUACCCUCCGUCCAUGCCCUUCCGGAAGUCCACCAACCUGGAGGUCAUCCACGGCGUGGGCCUCGCCCUCAAAUUCAAGAGACCACUCUGUGAGGACGGCAUGAACCUCCGUAGAGGGAGCCUAGGGAGCGCUCUCACAGGAAAGUACCUGCUGCCCUAUGUGUCCCCCCACCAGGCAUGGCAGACCCCCUCGGAGAACUCCAACCUGGUGCGGAUGCGCUCCACCACCUUGGGGAAGUCAGCCCCCUCUCUCACCUCUAGUCUGAAGGAGCUGAGUCUUCCAAGAAGAGGAAGUUUCUGCAGGACGAGCAACAGAAAAAGCCUGAUAGGAAGUGGUCAGUCUUCGGCGCUUCCGCGACCUCACUCCCCCCUCUCAUCGCAUACAGGAACGAGUCCUCUAGACAGUCCCAGAAACUUCUCUCCUAGUGCCUCAGCCCACUUCUCCUUUGCACGAAGGACUGAUGGACGACGCUGGUCUUUGGCAUCUCUGCCCUCCUCUGGCUAUGGCACCAAUACACCCAGCUCCACUGUCUCUUCGUCCUGUUCAUCACAGGAGAAGCUGCACCAGCUGCCCUUCCAGCCCACGCCGGACGAGCUGCACUUCCUCUCCAAGCACUUCUGCACGGAGAGCAUCGCUGGGGAUGACCAACGGAGGGGGACCACGCCCAUGCGACCCCGCUCGCGCAGUCUCAGCCCUGGAAGAUCCCCUUCCUGUUGUGAUCAUGAGAUUAUUAUGAUGAACCAUGUCUACAAGGAACGCUUUCCAAAGGCCACGGCCCAGAUGGAGGAGAGGAUUCAGGAGAUCAUCAGGACCAGCUCCCCGGAGAGCGUGCUGCCGCUGGCGGACGGUGUGCUGGGGUUCGCCCACCACCAGAUCAUCGAGCUGGUCCGCGACUGCCUGGAGAAGAGCCGCCUGGGCCACGUCACGUCACGCUACUUUUGUGAGCUCACCGACAAGCUGGAGAGGCUCUUCCAGGAGUCCACGUCCCGGUCGGAGAGCCAGGAGGUGAACUUCAUCAAAGAGCUGGUGAAGAAGAUCCUCAUCGUCAUCGCCAGGCCGGCGCGCCUCCUGGAAUGCCUGGAGUUUGAUCCAGAGGAGUUCUACCAUCUGUUGGAAGCUGCCGAGGGUCACGCCAAAGAGGGCCAGGGCAUCAAGACUGACAUCCCCCGCUACAUCAUCAGCCAGCUGGGUCUCACACGGGACCCCCUGGAAGAAAUUGCUCAGAUGACCAGUUAUGACAGUGGGAUAGCGGAAACACCAGAGACUGAUGACUCUUCCCAGAGUCUGAGCGCGGCCCUACGAUCCCGGCGAAAGCCCUGCGAGGUGGACUUUGAGAUGACCAAACUCCUCAGCAACGGAGCCUACGGGGCUGUGUAUCUGGUGCGCCAUAAGGAGACCAAGCAGCGUUUUGCCAUGAAGAAGAUCAACAAACAGAACCUGAUGCUGAGGAACCAGAUCCAGCAGGCCUUCGUGGAGAGAGACAUCCUGACCUUCGCUGAGAACCCCUUCGUGGUCUCCAUGUACUGCUCCUUCCAGACGCGCCGGCACCUGUGCAUGGUCAUGGAGUAUGUGGAAGGAGGUGACUGUGCCAACCUGCUGAAGAACAUGGGCCCCCUGCCUGUGGACAUGGCCAGGAUGUACUUUGCUGAAACGGUGCUGGCUCUAGAGUACCUCCACAACUAUGGCAUCGUCCACAGGGAUCUCAAACCAGACAAUCUGCUGGUGACCUCCAUGGGCCACAUCAAGUUGACAGACUUUGGGCUGUCCAAGGUGGGCCUGAUGAACAUGACCACUAACCUGUACGAGGGACACAUAGAGAAGGACGCCCGGGAGUUCUCUGAUAAGCAGGUGUGUGGGACCCCAGAGUACAUUGCUCCAGAGGUGAUCCUGAGACAGGGCUAUGGGAAGCCUGUGGACUGGUGGGCUAUGGGCAUCAUCCUCUAUGAGUUUCUGGUCGGCUGCGUACCCUUCUUUGGAGACACACCAGAAGAACUGUUUGGGCAGGUCAUCAGCGAUGUGAUCAACUGGCCGGAAGGAGAAGAUGCUCCCCCUGCCGACUCCCAGGAGCUGAUCACCCUGCUACUCAGACAGAACCCUCUGGAGAGGAUGGGAACAGGCGGUGCGUAUGAGGUGAAGCACCACCAGUUCUUCCACACUCUGGACUGGGACAGUCUGCUGAGACAGAAGGCUGAGUUCAUCCCUCAGCUGGAGUCAGAGGACGACACCAGCUACUUCGACACUCGAUCAGAUAGGUACCAUCACCUGGAGACGGAGGAGGAGGAGGAUACGAAUGAUGAAGACUUCAAUGUGGAGCUACGACAGUUCUCCUCCUGCUCUCACAGGUUCUCCAAGGUGUACAGCAGUUUGGACCUGUCCCGUGGCCAGCUGGAGGAGAAGGGCGAGACGGAGGAGAAGAAGAGUGAGAGCUCUCUGACUGUGAACUCUCUGAGCUGGACACCGGAGUUCACUGAAAUGCACUCCCUGUCCCGAUCCUCGGACACAGAGAGCACUAGCAUGGGCCUUCGCCCCCCCGGCCUCCUCCCCAAGUUUGCCAUCUCGGCAGAGGACGGAGAUGAGGAGUCCCUGGUCCUGAGGGACCCCAGCAAGGGGCCCUUCUCCGUCGGAGAGGACGAGGCUGACGCAACCACCCCCGGGAGCACGCACAGCGGGGCUACUCUCUCUGGUAGUUUCUCAGAGCACCUGGACCCGCUUCCUUCCAGGGAUGAGGGCAUAGACAGCCCUGACUCCUCCUCCAAGACUCCCAUGGACCUGGCAGGGCAGCAUGGCGGCCUGCAGCCCGAUGGACACGGGGAUAAGCAUGGUGGUGUUGCCAAAGUUUCCAAGUCUGUCUCAGCUAGUGCCCUCUCCCUCAUGAUCCCUGGAGAUAUCUUCGGGGAAUCCCCUCUGGCCAGCCCCAUAUCCCCCUACUCCCUCUCCUCGGACCCAUCUUCUCGUGACUCCUCCCCCAGCCGAGACUCCUCCCUCUGCGUCAUCUGCCCUCGGCAGCCAAUCAUCAUCCACAGCUCGGGGAAGAAGUUUGGUUUCACGCUGCGGGCCAUCCCGGUGUACGCCUGCGACCGCGACGUCUACACUGUCUACCACACGGUCUUAAAUGUGGAGGACCCGGGUCCGGCCCUGAAGGCGGGGCUGAAAGCUGGUGACCUCAUCACUCAUGUGAAUGGAGAGCCGGUCCACGGCCUGGUCCACACUGAGGUGGUGGAACUGCUGCUCAAGAGUGGCAGUAAGGUGGCCAUCUCCACCACACCGUUUGAGAACACCUCCAUCAAAACGGGGCCUGCCAGGAGGAACAGCUGCAGGAGCAAGAUGAUCCGACGCACCAAGAAGCCCAAGAAGGAGAAGACGCAAGAAAGGCGGCGGUCUGUGUUCAGGCGUUUUGCCAUGCAGCCCUCCCCUCUGCUGCAGACCAGCCGUAGUUUCUCCUCUCUCAACCGCUCCCUGUCCUCCGGGGAGAGUCUCCCAGGGUCUCCUACCCACAGCCUGUCCCCCCGCUCCCCCACCGCAGCCUUCCGACCCACCCCCGACUUCAACCAGUCAGGUGGCAACUCCUCUCAGAGUAGCUCCCCGAGCUCCAGUGCUCCAAACUCCCCCGCAGGCUCCGGCCACAUUCGUCCCAGCACCCUCCACGGCCUGGGCCCCAAACUGACGGGUCAGAGGCUCCGACAGGGCCGUCGCAAGUCCGCCGGCAGCAUUCCCCUCUCUCCGCUGGCCCGCACCCCAUCUCCGACCCCCCAGCCCACCUCCCCGCAGCGCUCACCGUCUCCCUUACUCAGCCAUGGGACCAUGGGGAUCUCCAAGACCACCCAUGCCUUCCCAGUCAAGAUGCACUCUCCUCCCACCAUUGUCCGCCACAUGGUACGGCCCAAGAGUGCGGAGCCGCCCCGCUCGCCGCUCCUCCAGCGGGUGCAGUCGGAGGAGAAGCUGUCACCCUCCUACACGGGUGACAAGAAGCACCUGUGUUCCAGGAAGCACAGCCUGGAGGUGACCCAGGAAGAGGCCCUGGGAGAGGAGGUGCGUCCUGGGGACAUGGACCACCACACCCUGCAGCGUGUGGAGGAGACGCCCAGCGAGCCUCCGGCCAUCACCCGGGUCCGGCCGGCUGAGCAGGGCUGCCUCAAGAGGCCCGUUGGCCGCAAGAUGGGUCGGCAGGAGUCUAUGGAAGAGCUGGACAAGGAGAAACUGAAAGCCAAGGGGGUGAUGAAGAAACAGGACUGGUCAGAGAGGCGAGAAUCCCUGCAGAAGCAGGACGCUCUACAGGAGUCUGAUACAUCUGGUGCUGAAGGAGGAAGAUGUCAGGGCAGAAGCCAAGGCUCAGAUACAGUCUCACUGGAAGGCAAAGCUGCCAGCUUCACCCUAAAAGAUGUUCUGUAUAAGAAGCUGAACACGCGUGCCGGUGAGGGCACCCCCGAACCACUAGGGGGCAAUAGCGCUGACUCGUCUCUGUGCUCUAUCCAUCCUGACUGGAGCCCCCAGAAGCCUGAGUGGCAGCUGUCACGGCAGAGCAAAGAGGGCGGUAAGCCAGACAGGCUUGAUUUCAAGGCCCCCAACAUGGAAUUUGCCCGAAAGAGGCUGUCGUUCGAGGAGCGAGAAGACGGCGGCAUGUGUCGGCUCUCUCCCGGCAUUCAUGAGAGCCUCCAUUUUAGCUCCAUACGUUCCAAGAGUCUGCAACUGGACUCAGCGCUGGCUCUAGACCACAUCAAAAGUACAAUGAGCAGCGUCCACACCAGCCCUGAGGGCCUGAACCCCAAGAUGUUCUCUGGGAGGGGGGAGGGAAGCGCCGUGGAGAAACUCCAGCUCAUCUCCUCCAAUGAAGGCUCCCUCAGGAAGACCUCCUCGGAAUACAAGCUGGAGGGGCGUCUGGUCUCCUCCCUCAAACCCCUGGAGGGCACCCUGGACAUUGGCCUUCUUUCCGGGCCAAGGGUGUCUAAAACAGACACCUGCCUCUCCAAGUUGGCCGACAGCGAUGCCGGCUCAAUAGGGAUACCCACAUGGCUGCAAAGCCCUGUUGAGCGGCAGGUGUUGAUUCCCCUGCUCAAACCCUCUGACAAGCAGAAAAGCCCGCCCACCAGUAUACUAAGCCCUGCAGCUGUUGUGGCCCUCAGCAGCCCAGUUCCCGCCAAAGAGGCUAGUAUUUCCAACACUGGGUUUAAAUGCAGUAGCAGUGGUGAGAUGCCACACGACAGACCUAGUCACAGUGAACCCCCUAUGGCUUCCUCCAUGGCAGAGGUCUCCGACUUUGGUGGGAAACAAGAGAGCAGGUCCAGUAUGAUAGCUCACGAUCAUAGGACAUCCCGCCACAGCGCCCACUUUUCCCACUGCGGGAAGACGCCCUCCAUACGGGAGGUCAGCAACGAAGACCAGGAGGAGGAGGUUGAGCCACCUCGAGAGACUUCAGCUCCUGCACAGCAAAACAACAUUGACAUCUCCAAGACAUCCGAUACAGUUGUCGCCGCAAAGCCAGGGAAUCCCAGGAAGACUGCACCAUCUGUCCCUGCCCCAAAAGUGGAGGUUCAUACAACUGCCCCUCAUGUAGCUGUACCAGUGAAGCAAAGUUCAGAUUGUCAGUCAGGGCCCAGUUACCUGCAGAGCAAUGAGAAACAAAGACCAGCUGAGAAUACAGGUAGCAUCACUACAUUUGUACAAUAUAUUUUAGAACAGACUCCAUACCUGUCAAAACAGCAGAUGUUAUCCAGCAGUCCCUCGACAGGGACCACAAAGCAAUCGUCCAUCCCUGCUCCAAUACCUAGUCUUGGAGAUAAGAACCGAACAAGUGGUCAAGUUUCUCAAAAACAGCAUGGCACGGAGAAAACCCAGAAUCCGGACACGGUUCAAAGAAACAGGCCUGUUCCAAACACUGCCAAUGAACCGGCCAGUGUGUCUACUGUUGAGGAGCUCCACACUGCAAACGCAGGAAGAGAUAAAAUGACCCAAGUCAGAGAGACAAGUCCUAAAGUGGAUGUAGAAUGUGUUUUGUCUAACGAAAUGUUGUACAAUGCAACUGAUAAAACAGAAGCAACACAAAAGUGUGAUCAAAGAAAAUAUGCUUGUACCCUUAGCAGUCAGGUAGCAAAUAGUAGUGUCGUGAAGCAAAGUAGAGAAGAUCCCACCUCACCAAAGAUGAAGGGUAGCAAUGCAAAGACUGGAGAGCGAGAGCAGCUAUCUUUAACAAAUCGACCUGCUGAAAAGACUUGGGUCAAAGGAUCUCUUGAGGCAGAAAUACUCAUCACUAAAAAGCAAACUGAUGUAAAUAUCAAAGAGACGAGUCCUGUGCGGACAGUGAAACAGUCCCCACCAAGUCCCGCUUCAACAAAACAAACGAUCUUCAAUCCCAAAACUAAGCCAAGAUCUGACUCACCGCUUCCUUCACAAACUUUUGGGAAGACAGAGGAGGAGAGGGGGAGGUAUGAAGCGAAAACACCAGCCACAGCCCCAGUCGUCAAAGUGAGCCUGGAAUCAAAACCGCAAGAGUCGUCUCAGAAAACCUCGGUCUCAAUGGUCAAAGAAAUCCCAGACUCAAAACGGAAAGAUCCCGUACUCAAAACCUCAGUCCAAAGCCAUGUCAAAGAAAGUUCAGUCUCCAAACUAAAGGAAUCUUUGUCCCAAAUUCCUGCCCUAACUCCAGUUGUCAGACAAAACUCUGACCCAAAAAAGAAACAGAAAGAACCAGAACCCCACACCUUUGCCCCAACCCCAGCCCAAGUCAUCAAAGAUAACCUGGACUCAAAACAGAAAUCAGCCCCUCCGAAAACCUCGAUCUCAACCUCAAUCAACUCAAAACACAAGGAAAUCACUACUUCAACAGUUGUCAGACAAAUCAUAGAUUCAAAACAUAAAUCACCCCCUCACAAAACUCUUUCCCCAAACGCAACCACUGUCAUGAAAGAGCCAGCCCAUAUCUUUGCUGCAACCCGACAAGCCCAGAAAGAGCCUCCGACCUGGUCCAGUGCUCCCUCCCAAUCCGCCCCUUUACCAGUGGCGCCAGCCCCAGCAGUGAGAAGAGAAGCACAACCACCCAAAGGUGGAACUCUCUCAAGCAGGGCCAACGGCAGCACCGGACAGGAGGCUGUGGUCCAGACCUCUAGGGAGGACCAGGGGAAGCCGAGGGAAGAGGCCCCUAGGUCAGAAGGCCUUAGGUUGGACUCUUAUAGGGGCCUGGGUGGCGUGGAUGCCACAGGGCCAGCAGCCACCACCCCCAGCAACAGCACCCCCCAGGCCAAACUCAGCACAGCUGAACCCAGGGUCACGAACUCUGACAAGCAGGUAACCUCCAGCCGAAAAGAACAGGCUGACAAGAAGAAAGGGGAAUCUGCUCAAGAGGUAGCGUCUGCACAGAAAAACACCAAGAGAGAGACUUCAAGAGUGGCUGCUGUGGUGAAAGAAGCCACAGGUUCAGACAAAGACUUGGCCCGACACAAGCAAUUGAAGGAUUUGCCACGUGGCCCCGCAAACAGGAAGUAAAUGCUGGAUUUUAAAAAAAUACGACGGCAGCCACCUUUGCUUUUGCGAUAUGAAAUAAAACAUUUUUGUUUUUGUUAGUAGUGUCAUCAUGCCUUUAUUUUUUUUGAGAACCGGGGAAGCUGUUACUUCAGUGUUUAUAUUGCGUGAGAGAGACAGAUUUUUGUGUGUUAUCCUGAGUGUGUGUGGUGGUGAUUGUGAAUGCUUGGUCGAUACAAUAACUGUAAUGUUUUUGGACUGAAUGUAGACUGAUUUGCUGCUCAUUUGUGGUUCUCUGCUGUGUGUAACAAAGGUGUCAAAUUUGUAUCUGGUGAUUGAUCGGGGGCUUUAUUUUUAAUUGACAGCAGAGUGCAAUGUGCAAUCAAUAUGGCAGGGGCAGGUUGAAUUGAAUUCGCACUGGGUUUAGAGCACCUGACAUUAAAGGUAGCAGACUUACGAUGCGUGUAGACUGAACUAUGUCCAUUUCACUCCCACUCAAAAGAGUUAUGUGAGCUGAAAACACAGUAGCCAUGGCACAUCAUCCAGUCAACCGUUUAAGCGUUGUGAUAUUGACACAGAUCAUUCACUCACACUCGUUAUACCGAAGUCAAAUAUCACCAAGUUUGUUUAGAUACUUUAUCUUAUGUGGCUUUUUCUUUAUUUUGUAUUACCAAGAAGUGAAGUUAGCUUUUUUUUUUUUUGGUUUUGGGUUAGCGGUGCACAGAAGAAACACACUAUUUUCUGUACUUCUUACCUAUAACUAUUUAAUAUGGAAUCAUCUUACGGUUCUGGAAUCAUAUUUAGUGGAUGAGGCCUUAGGGUUAUGGGGAAUAAAAGAAACGUGCUGUUCUUAGCAGGUUAUGUUGUAAUUCACAUUCCUUUCACAUCUCUACAUUUCUUAACCUUUGAUUUUUAUGCAAUAUCUUGAAAGUAAUUAUGUCAACACUAACUGUACAAAUGGGGAUACAUGGGCUUAAGUAAAUAUAAGCGUUUGUUUUAUAUGUAUAUAUUUUGAAAUGUCAUGUUUGUAUACUCAGUUGAUGUCAUUUCAGAAUCAUGUUCUGCUUGAUAAUUCUGUGGUCUAGAAUAAGCUAACAUAAUGUCUAUCUAUACCUAUCCAAAAUACAUCCUCUCUAACAUGGUCGUUUUAACAGUUCCGAUAUGUUCUGAAUUUUACUUGAAUAGAAAUAAAGCAUAAAUGGGCAAUUGUGCUUUUCCUCAAAAAUGUAGAGUUGAAAAUAAACAAAUAAAAUAACUGAAAGAGGCAAGUGGUUCCCAAGAAUGUGUUCAAUCUCGAUUUUGCCAUAAUGUAUGAAGAAUUGUUAAUACACUGGAAUAUUUCACUGAGCCCAAUCAAUACAUUUGAAUAUUUCACUGAGAAAAUAUGUAUGUUAUUAUGGCAAUGUGUAGAAUGCAAGCUCAAUGAGUUGAUGGAAUGAACCAACGAUUCUAAGUAUGUUUGCCUGUGGAAGAGAUUUGUGAAAGUCCGUUUUUAAGGAGUAAAUCUGCAUCUUAUUUGGGUGUUGUUUUCCAGUUCUGUUUAUAUUUGUGCGAUAGAUGUUCAUGCGAUGGGAAAUGCAUUUUUGGGUAUUGGAAAUGAAAAAAGGGCUCAAAUUCAAGUAAACGUCUCGAAAAUAUAUUGGGAACGUCAGGGUUGCAAGAGAUUAGAUUUCAGAUCAUCUUCUGAAGUUGUGUUCCAUUGUUCGUAGUGUUUUGUUGUUGUCAUUUUCAUUCAACUCCUGUUUUUUCUCUUCUUUUUUCCAUAAGCAGUCGCCUACAUUUAUGUGCCAGAUGAAAACAAUAUCCAGUUAAAUGUCUAGCUAACAAUAGGCUUGAAAUGACUGAUUUUGUAAGAACAAAAUGCACCAGUAUGCACCAGUAUACAAAUCUUAUAUACAUAAGUCAUUAUAUUCUAGACAGCUGAUGUUUAGGUGGCUUUGUGUAUCAAAAAACAGUGGACUUUUACAUUGUAGGCAUAUCCUGUAGUUUAGCCGCCAGGCCUUUUGAUUGCGUACCCUAAAUAUCCAACACAAAGUAGAUUUUCAAAAUAUGCUAUACAAUAUUUACUCUAAUGUAGGCUAUGUCAUUACAAUAGACAAUCUAUUUUAUCUUAGGGAGGCAAACAAAAACUAAACGGGACGCUAUAUAUUUACAUAAAUGGUAACCUGUACCCACGAAUGCACAUUGUAGAAAAUAACGAAUGAGAUUGAUUGUAAAGAUUUUUUUUUUUAAAUAAGAAUCUGAAGUUUUACUUUUCUCAUUUAGUUAUUGUAAAUGUAUUGUCAAACAUUUUGGGGGGGGGGAAGAAAAAAAGUCACCUUAAUAUUAGACACCUUAGCCCUUCCUUCUAGUUGUACAAGUUAGUAGAAAGAACGAUUGAGAUGAGAAUGUUGUUCGCUAUCAAACAGGCUCUUCCCACUGGGCAAAAGCGGGUUGAGUCAACCAUUUCAACCAAAAAGAUUCAAUGGGAUGACGUUGAAUGAACGUGAAAAACUGAUUGGAUUUAAAGAAAGUCAUCAAUGUACGGGAAUUUCAUUUUUUUAUUUUUUAUUUUUUUGCACCUAACUUUAACCAAAAUUUAAUGACACGGUGACAUUUUUUGUUCAUUUGGCGUUGAAUUCACAUUAGAUGACAUCUCAACCAAAUGUGAAAUCAAAACAAGACGUUGUGCCCAGUGGGUGGAUACAGAUGGAAAAUAAUCAGAAAACACUUUCUUUUAAUGAUGGAGUGUCUAUUCGUCCCCAAGCCUUUAUCUGAUUGAUGUUUAAAUCCUUUAAAAAUAGCACAUUCGGUGUUUGUUUACAAAUACUUCAUGGAUGUAUAUUUUGUAUAUUGUGUUAAUGAUUUGCCAAGUCGAUACGCUACGUCACAGCAAACAUGUCCGUGUCGGUAGUGUCUGUGACUUCCUCACCUAUACAGCCACCCUGUUGUGUUAGACUGUCUAUCUGUGUGGUGGUCAAUGUCUCUGUUUCAACAUCCGUCGGGUCCCACAUUUGUCCUGCUUGUUUUUGGAGUUUCCUUUAUGUGUGAAACUAGUAUUAGAUGAACUUGCUUACUAUGGUUUGUCUUUUAGGAUUUGUACAAUACAGAUGUUUGAGUUUUUGUAUUUUGCCCAAGGAAAUCUAUGGAUGUCAUAGAUGUAUAUUAAAACAGAUCUUUAUACUUCUAAAGUUGCAUAACACUGAAAAUAAAAAAGGCAUGGUAAAAGUC